AUGAUGUUCCUGCCCUCUCUUAACCUCUCCCUCCCCCAUCCACAGCCAAAGGGCUUUCGACGGUACUACAGCUCCCCACUGCUGAUAACGGAGCAGUUUGGCUGCAUCAAAGAAGUCAUGCCCAUUGGUAAGCGCGCUCUCUUUCCCUUUGCCUUGACAAUACUCUAGAGAUGUCACUACAAACCAAGGUGCAUGAACAGUGGAGUAAACUGAGGAUGAGAAGAUACUCAGCAAUUCUUGGCAAGACAAUGGAAGUUUCCUUAAAAAAAGUAUAUUUUGUUGUUGAAACCAUCACGUUUCAGCAAAUGCCUUCAUCAUUUACUGAAACAAGACAGAGGACUCUAUAUUCCUUUCAAAAUGACAACAUGAACAGUAGGCUACAUUGAUACACAACUAGACUAUCAUGGAGGGGUUCUUGUUGUGUGAUUGCUUUGACUGAAAUUAGAUUUUCUCUAUGUCUCCUCCCAGCUUGUGGCAGUAAAGUGGACCCGGUGUAUGAAGCUCUCCGGUUCGGGACAUCUCUGGCACAGAAGAACAAGAGGGCCAGUGGCUCUGAGUCCCCCCAUAGAAACUCU